UAUGUCCCUGGUGAAGUUCAAGGAGCUGGGAGAAGAGGAGCCCAAUUCGGAGGACGAGGACCUGGACAGCGUCAAGGCCUUGACAGCCAAGCUGAAGUUGCAAACACGCCGCCCUUCCUACCUGGAGUGGAAGGCCCGGGUGCAGAGCCCGUCCUGGAGAAACAGCCUAAAGGAUGGAGCCCUCCAAACCUUGAAAGAAAAGCAGACCAGAGAGGUGGAGGAGGAAGGGCCCCCGACCCAGGAGCCACUGAAGACCAUUUGUGGGUUCCCCACCAUUGACGAAGCCCUGGAAUGGCUUCGGGUGGAGCUGCGGGAGAUGAAGGCUCUGGACCACCGGCUGGCCCGCCAGCUGAUGGGCCUGCGUAGCCAGAUUCACAGGCUGAAGGUGGAGCAGGCCUGCCACCAACACAAGGAGAUGCUGGACGAUGCCACUUUUGGGCUGGAGGACUGCGAAGAGGACUCCGACCUGCUGUGCAACAUUCCACCCAAAGCGGCCUUCCUGCUCUCCAUGCCCCUCAAACACAUUGGGGUCACACGCAUGAAUAUCAACUCACGCCGUUUCUCCCUUUGCUGAGGAGCUGUGCCCCGGCCCAGGCCUCGCUU